GUGUAACUCAGUACACGCUGCUGACCCUGCCAGGUGGGGUGGUGUUAUCAUCCUUCCCUCCUUUAUAUUUUGAUGAAAAUAUCUUGCAUCGAGAAUUUUGGUAAAGGUCAUGGCUGAAAGGGUAGUACCUUCUGCUCGCAUCUGAAGAACCCAGGUUUGAUCCUGGACAAGUAAAAAUGCUGGGCGUGUUUCCUUAUGCCUGUUCACGUAGCAGUGAAUAUGAAAAUGAGUGACAAAGUGUGUUGGACUUCAGAAACUUUAAGAACUUUAGAUGAUCAUUUAAACGAGUACAGUUACAUUGAAGGUUAUCAGCCGACUGUAAGUGAUACUGUUGUGUGUAAGUCACUACACACAGUUACAGAAGACUUAUCCUGUUAUAAACAUUUAAGUAGAUGGCUCAGCCACAUGAAAAGUUAUAAAGACGAGCAAUUACAUGGAGAGCUCAAAACUGUGAAUGAUGUAUUAGCCACACUGGCACCUCAUGCAAAGAAGGUGAGCUAUCAUAUGAGGAUGACUCCUGAAGAGAAAUACAGGCUUAUUUCUCGAAGGUUAGAUGAAGUGCUUGGUGAGGAUCGUAUUAUGGCCAUCUUGAAGGAAAGGUCCUUAAAAGUUUAUUGGGGCACUGCAACUACUGGGAAGCCACAUGUUGCAUACUUUGUUCCCAUGACGAAAAUUGCUGACUUUUUGAAGGCUGAGUGUGAAGUGAGUUGUUUAUAUACCGGUUUUAUUAUUGUGAAGUAUUGUCUGUUUACUUUGAUUUUACUAAUUUUGGUUUAACAGUUAUAACUUUCA